CUCUCCUCUCUGCCGCUUUCUCACGCAUCCAAUCUUCCGGAUCCCACCGCAAACACCCGUAUCUCCCCCCCUCCUCCUCCCUCACCCGAUCCCUUUGUUCGAGCCGAGGAAAGGAAUCAGUACACACCAUCUGACUGCACAUCACAGUGACUGACAGCCCGUCCAGUCUCGGCGUUCUUCCGAAUUCAUCACCCUCUUAAGACCGCCCUGGAAGAUUUCUCCAUCGAGCACACCCCUCAUCACCUUCACCAAAAUGCUCAACCACAGCUGCCAACGCUGUCGGUCCAAGAAGCUCAGAUGCGAUGGAGAGCAGCCAUGCUCCAAUUGCGCCGUCAAAGGUCUCGAUUCCUCCUGCACCAGACCCCUUCGAAAGGAGAGGCCCAGGAGGAAGGACGGUCCCCGGCAAAAGCUGCACAUUGGCCUGUCUUCACGCGUGGGCCACGAAGAGACGAGCUCCCCCAGGAGCAGCAGCGAAAAUGUCAGCGACGGUCAAAUCGCACCCAUUGUUCACAGCGUGGCCGCGACAUCGCUCGGCCAUCCUCGUGAUGGACGUGUCGUGUCGCCGAGCGGAUCUCAUCAGUCCUAUCCUUCUCCCCCUGUGCCGGGCUCCGCCUCAAGCUACGCUCGAUCAAAAGUGUCUUCCGUACGCAGGACGCUCACAAGCGGGCCCUCGUACGAAGACAGGACGAUGCAUGACGUUGCUUCCUCCUCUCCCAGUGGCCUCUCCAAGCCUAUCAAGUCACCCGCAGAGCAAUUCACAAGAGCACCGUCUUCAAUGGGCGCGUUCAGACUCACAUCUGCUCAGGUCAUCGAAGCUCGUUACCUACUCGGCUCCAUCCCUGCAGCUAUCAGGAUCUUGAAGUACAUCUUCGCAUGGAGAUGUCAGAGCACAUCACACAGUGCAGUCCAUGUGCCAACGCUCAAGCGAAUCAUUCGACAAAUCUACGACGAUGAGUGGGCUCAAGAGGUGACGCAAGAUCAGCUCUGUCUGCUCCUGAUGGCCAUUGCUAUCAGUAUCCAAUUCGCGCCUCGCAAAGGUCCUUAUGCUCACGUCUGGAAGCUCGUAGAGGGCAUGGGACCAGCCAUCGCCCCUGAGGAGAGGCAGGGAAAGCUUCACUACAUGGCAAGAUCCAUCUUUGAGAGCAGACUACAACCCUCAAGCUGCACACUGGAAGGCGUACAGACUGCAAUGCUUCUAUUGCUAUACGACCUCGACGAAGACAACUUCAAAGAGAACCUCUUCAAUUGGUCCAUCAAAGUAGCCAAGUCUCUGCGGCUCGAUCACAUCGGUCGGCCCUUGAAUGGAGUACCAACGGUGGAGAAUGAAAUGGGAACUCGUGUCUGGUGGUUUUUGGUCUGCAGAGAUGGCCUGGCAGGUCUCAGCACAGGCACAUUUGCCAUUGACCCCUCGCAAUUUACCACUCGAGUGCCUAUGCUCAUCUCGGAUGAUGAUCUGGCCCACGGUAAAUUGUCAAACAGAAUUGUAGCCGAAUCCAGCACAGUCGCCAGUUCCCUACCACUCAUCAACCUUGCAGGGGUGGUACGGCGGCUGGUAGACAUCAAAUCAAAAGGCGACAUCGUUGGUCAGGAGUACUCUGAUCUCGUAGCGGACGCCUUUGAUCAAUACGCUGAAGAGCUUCCCGCCAUCUUCAGUCUGGGAGCCUCAGCGAUCAAUGUUCCCAGGACCGGUGACGACACGAGUGUCUACGUCAGACAGCGACUCGAAACGGAGCGAUGGCUACUGCACCAGCAAAUCUUCCAUGCUUACCUGCAACUCUAUGAGAUCCGUCUCGAUGUCAAGGUCUGCGAUCAGGUCGUCGGAUUGGCUCUUCAUAUUCUGCAUUUGCAGGACAAGGUCCGAGACAGGUGCGCCAUCGUAGAUGGACUCAGGAUCAAUGUCACGGGUGUCAUGAGAGCCAUCACCGUGAUGACGAUUGACCUUCUCCAGAAACACAAGAAUUCCAAGGUCUCCCUAGUGCGACAAUUGACAUUGGUGGGAAGAGAUGGCAUGGAGGGACAAGACGAAGAGCACGAUGCCCUCCAACUCCUUCUGCCUUGGCAGCAUCCUCACUGCUCCCAUUCCGGCCAUGAUGGAUCGAGCUUCGACAGCUUCGCUAUCGCCUUCCUCUGUCAAUGAUCUGGGAACUGGUAUGACCGUCUCUCCCACCCUCUCCUUCGCUUCCUCUAUCCAGCGUGGUGUGGACAAGGGUGCAGCAAUGGGAGGAGCGCCCUCUUUCGGAUCGGGCGGGAACAAUGACGGUGGUGGGCAGUAUGGCUCGCCACAGCAGCUGCACAAUCGACUCUACCAUCAAGAGAGUCGUACGAGUAUGUACUCGAAUUCUGUGCCGGCCAGCAGCACCAGUGGUGGAUCACCUUCAGGUUCCAUCGAUCCUUAUGGUGCCGAUAGCACUGGCAGGAGCAGUAUGACUCCUAACGAAGAGGUGGUAGACAAGGGCAGAGCGGGACAUCAAGGUGUCUCUCAGCGCUCGCCCGCCCACUUCGGACACCCCGGCCGCGGUCAAGGCGGUACAGGAGGCUACACGACGCACGAAGCGAGUUCUGGCAAUUCGCUUUCCUCUUCCAGUCUAGCCCAGCCGUCAAGUC